UCAUGAGUCUCAAUGGUGAUUAAAGAUGGCGAAUUACAUGUCAUGUCAUACGUGUAUUUAUCCCAGUCAAAAAUAGUCAUUGUGAAAUAUAGAAAGAUACGAGCAUGUUGGUGGUGAUGGGCCCUUUCCAUUGGACUGUGUUCUAAUACUAUAAUUCCACCGUUAUCAAUGAAAAAAAAUCAUAUACUAACAUAUUUAAGUUGUCGUUAGUAGUUUGACUUUACUGCCUCUUGGAGCAAAGCGGAUGUCGUUUUAUUAGGUGCGGCUACUAGCCGAACAAGCUAGACGCGAUUAAAUAUACUUUUAUAGCAUUAGGAGCCACGGAAUGUAUAAAGUGCAUUGAUCAAAAUGAAAAAUUGGCGCAAGCCUAAAAGUAGAAGCACAGAGUUAUUUUAUCAAAUUAUCCAAGCGACAUCAAUGCCUGCUGUUAAUACUGAAUAUUCCAAGUUCAAUGUAGGCGAUACUAGAUCCCCACGUGCUAGACAUAAGCCUCUGUAAGCGUCUAUAUAAUGAGGUAAUAUAUAUUUAAAAGAUAUGGAAAAAGUGACAAUUAAAUUGGUGAAUAUUGGGAAAAAUCACGGACAAGGACCACGUGUGGAGCAGGGGCUAAGGGGUAGGCAGGAGGGACGCAACUACUCAGUAUGUUUCAAUUGAUAGUUGUCCUUUAGACUAUGAAAGUAUCUGUUAACUAUCAACAAAUAUCGACCGGCUCAGUGCGCAUGCGCAAAAAAAAGCGCGGAAUUGUGUGACAAACACGGAUACAAUCAGCCAGCAACACGCAAGCUCUCUCGUGGUCAAUUCAGUCGUGCGGUCGUGCUUCAAGUGAAUAUCCAGCCAGAACAUUUACAUCCUCUGGGUGAUUCCAACGCCUGCCUACCUGCCUACCUACCUAACUACCUAUCUACCUACCUACCUACCUACCUACCUACCUACCUACCUGCCGGUCUUUCUACCUCUCGGCCUCUUGGUCUCUCACUCAGUGUUUACUCACAUGAGUCUCUCUCAAUUAUCCCAGUAUCGAUGAGACUCUAAUGCUUCGUCAAUGUUCACACCUUUAAAAUGAUUAAUUUAGUCCAAUAACUUAUUUAAUAACAUUCUACAAGCGUCUCUGGGUGAUUCCAAUGCCAGCAGAGAGCAGCCCGAGGAUUUAAGAUUAAAAAAAAAAGAAAACAUAUGGUCGAUGCGUUUCUACUUGGAUAUCUAUACAAAGAGGAAAGAAAAAAAAUUACUGGCAAUACAGCAAUUACUCCGCUCCGAUAAAACUUUAGGCUUCACCCACGUCUCCCACUUGAGUGUUCACUUGCACGUGCGUGGCCUGCUUAUUCAUCAAUGUGUGGAACCGUCACUCUAUGAUAAGAGACAAAAGAGUGUAUAUAUAUAUUUUUUUCGUUUCGUGCCAUCGAGUUUAAAAAAAGAAAAACCAAAUUAGAGCUUAAAAAGUGGAGAGUGUAUGGUUAUUCACUCGUACUGCAUUAUUAUUGAUUAUCUGAAUAUCUAUUGUUAUUUAUUAUUCACUAUACUCUAUAAAGAGGCGACUACAUCUCACAUAUCUAAGUAUCCUCGUUGUAUGGUCAAUGAUCGCCCAGUAAAAGUUGAGUAAGUCUCUUGAAUGAACCUCUCGAGUUCACCCAUAAAUAUAAAGAUGCACUAUGUGAAUAAAGGAAAAUCGGUGAGAGAGAGAUAGUUGGCGGUUGCCGCAGCGGCGAAGAAACUAAGAAUAAAAUAAAAUGACUAAUACGCACCAAAUAACACUGGGGGAGGUCUCUGAGACUGAACAUUCACAGGAGGAAAUUCAGUUGACUGAACUUGUACCUGUUCAACAAUCGAAAAUAAAGCAUACAAGAACCGACAAAGAUCAGCAUACAACAGAUGGACUUGAAGUGCUUCGCAGUUUUACACAUGAAGAUAAUGAGUUGGAGUCAUUCGAUGCAGCUGACAAACAAAUUAAUUAUGAUAAAGGCGAAGAAAAUAAUAUCAAAGUGGCCAAUGGGAAAAUGCGAAAAUUUCGAAACAAUGAUUUUCCGAAAGAUGAAGUCUACUAUUUUUACCAAGAAAAUCAAAUAACUUCUGAUGGAUCACCUGUAGGUAGUGUUAAUGCCCAUAUAUUAAAUGGUAAAUUUGAUGAAUUGAACGCGGAAAAGAAUAAAUCAUUGCAAAAUAAAUUAGUGGGGGAUGUAAGUUCCGAAGAUUUUUCCACAAAAGAUGAAGAAGGACAAGAGUUACGACUCAAUAUCGAUGUAAUAAUUCAAGCGAGUUAUCUUCUAGGCGAAAAUAAUGGGACUGGCAAAAAAUUGAAUAAGAGAGAAUUAGAGGGAUGUAAAGAUGAGGUAUCAGCGAGGGGGAUGAUGGAAGAGAAUGAUUUAUUAAACGGAAUAGGUGAGGAACAAUUGAAAGAGCUGAAAAAGUAUAACUGUAUGAUGUGUGAGGCGAAAUUCAAAGGUAGCGGAGGCUUGAGGAAUCAUUAUAAAGUGGUACAUGCAGCCGGGCCAUUAUAUAAAUGUGAUGAUUGUGGUAAAGAAUUUCCAUUGAAAGAACGUUUGAAACUUCAUGUUCGAACUCACACAGGAUUUAAGCCGUAUAAAUGCACAGAGUGUGGCAAGAGCUUUGCUCGAGGGGGUCAAUUGUCCCAGCAUCGACGCACACACAGCCAAAUAAAGCCUUAUCAUUGCAAUCUCUGUACGGGUACUUUUACCUGUGCGGCAAACCUUGCUCUGCACAUGAAGCGCCAUAAUAAUCAGAAGGAUCAUACAUGCACAAUAUGUGGAAAGGGAUUUAUUAGGCGUGAUGCACUCAAGAAACAUCUCGAGUGCUUACACAAAGAUCUUAAAACAUUUCUAUGUGUUAUAUGCAACAAAACAUUCAAGGGUCAUUUGCCACAGCAUAUGAGAACACAUGCGCACGACAGGCCCCAUGCAUGCUCAACUUGUGGCCAGAAAUUCGCCCAGAAAUCCCAAUUAACUGUACAUCAAAGAACUCAUACGGGACAGCGACCAUUUAGGUGUCUUGUUUGUUGGCAAGCAUUCGCUCAUUCAACAGCUUUGAAACUUCAUACCAGAAGACACACUGGAGAAAGACCCUUCAAGUGCACAGAGUGUAAUGUCGGAUUUACACAAUUGCCACAUUGGAAGAAACACAUGAAAUGUAUUCAUAAACGAACUAAGCCCUAUAGCUGCAAAAAUUGCAAUAAUUUUUUCAAAAAGAAGAAUGAUCUUGAAAAUCAUGAAAAAAUUUGCCACGGUCCACAUAUCAUCGAAGGAAAAGAUAAAACUGAAAGUGCUAGUGAGACCAAUGUAAGGACCGAUCCUAGUAAAUUCACAAAUAUGACUUUGGAAAGAAUGCGAUUACUUCUGGCAGUCUUAUUGAAAAGGAUUUCUAAACCUGAACGUCUUGAUGAACUUGGAUUCGGUAAGAGACUUAUCGAUGAAAUUCUUCAAGAUUCGUUGAUAUCUGCUGGUAAGGAUCCUAUCAAGCUUCACUCAGGCCAAUUGAGUGAGCUUCAAACGUUGAAAAAAAAUCUUGAGACCUUUCUUGAAUGGACCGUACCCAAAGAACACUGGCAGACAUUCAAGAAAAUGAAUAAAACUCCAGAAGAAAUUCUUGAAACACUCACUACCACCUAGAGUAUUGCUUUAAUAAUUUCCAAUAAAUAUUCAUUAUUUAUUUAUUAGCCAAAGAUUUUUACUAUCCAAUUGUUUUUUUUUUUCAUUAUUUAAUAAUAUUUAAUCUAUUGUUAUUGUUACCAUUUAAAUUGAUGAAUUGUUUACUCUAUAAUUAUAUGCUCAUAGCAGAGAAAAUUUUCAUUAUUGCCAUAGCCCUAUUUAGUAGACUGAUUGCUUGCCAUUUUGUCUGUCAUAAAUGAAAAAAAAAAAAAGAGUGACUAAGCAAAUAAGUAGAAUAAAAAAUGUUAAAGUCCGUGGGGUUUGGUUCCAUAAUAAAACAUUAUUUGUUUUACGACUAUUGUUAUAAUAUGUCAUUUAGCUAGAGCCAAUUAUUAAUCAUAUUCGAUUGAUGAAAAUUUAUUGCAUGACAAUUACAUAAUGGUCUACUCAAUAUAAGCAGUUAAAAUUUCAGGCAAAAUCACUGCGAUAAUUAGAUAGCAAUAAAAAGCAAAUGUGGGAAGACAAUAAUAAUGAUUUGCGUAUCAAUAAUCAACAUUAUUAUUAUGUACUAUAAAAAUAAUUGACAUCAUUAUCUAAUUGUUUGUUCUUUCAUAUCGUUUAAAUUUAUUGUCAAAUGGUUUAAUUAUAUCGGAAAAUCCUUUAGAUAUUUGAAGCGGAGAAACAGAUGAAAGAAAAAGCAAAUAUAUAUACAUCUAUGGAAAAGAAUGCAAAUAAUAAUUCCUAUGUUCAGAAUCGAUACGAGGAGAAAAGGAGGUCAUGUUUGUAUAUUGAAUAAAGAUCGAGGUCAUCUAGAGCAAUAUUUGACUUGACUGUGACGAACGUUUUUGCGUUGUGUUUCAAGUUUUCACGCCAAAGAUAAUAAUCACAAAGUCCCUGAUUAAAUUGAAAUUUAAUAUAGAGUAACUAGUAGUAGAAAAAAAAAAAGAUAGUUAAACUAUAUUUAUUCAUUAUCAUUGCUUUUUUGGUGCCAUAAAUAUUGAGACUUUACUAUAAAUGUACUGUGUAAUGGAGUGUAAUUUGCAAAAAAAAAAAAAAAAAA